GUUUUUCGUCAUGAACCCCAAAAUAUCACGUAGAGCACGAGGUCUAUUCCAGUGUGCAGCGAAACCCGCUCGCCCACUUCGCCUUCCCUUCCGCCCUCGCGCUCUGUUUCCAUCUGCUCCCUCCCACGGUCCUACACACUCCGCCUGUACUCCGCUCCGGCUCGAAACCCUAGACCUGUGCGGCCGUCCCUUUUCUCUCCAGCGGAGAGAUGUACUCGGACCAGAUCUCCACCGGGCGCAAGCGCUCCAUCCACGACCGCCUUGACGGCGACCUCCCCGCCGGCACGGGGGCCGGCGGUCGUGUCCGUCACACGGUGUCCAAGAGGCAACGGCAGAUAGAUGAAAAAUGGAAGCAUGAUCUGUAUCGGGAAGACGACGAACCAGCUUCAAAAUCAAUAGAUCCGAAGGAUUUGCGAUUGAAGCUUCAGAGGCGAAGUUCUCAACAAGGCUUUACCAGCACAAGGAGUUCUGGUGUGCGUGAUCUACGUGAGAAGCUAUCUGGUACAAUGCACCCACAGCCAUCAAAUGCUGAUCCUCCAAAGCGAAAGCCAGUAUCAGAGGUUGUUAACAUUUCAAGGCGUGAAACUGCUGAUGAAAUGCCUGCACGCCAAAGUAAGAAAGCACCAAAACAGACUUCAUCGAAGAAGACAUCUCAGCCAAAGGCGGCAAGUCCACUCGACAGUUUCCUGAGUUCCCUUGGGCUUGAGAAGUACUCGAUUACCUUCCAGGCAGAGGAGGUUGACAUGGCAGCCCUAAGGCAUAUGACGGACAGUGAUCUGAAAGCUUUGGGCAUUCCAAUGGGUCCUCGGAAGAAGAUUAUCCUUGCCUUGGAAUCGAGAGCAUAAGGGAAUGGCAAGCGAGUACAGUGUAGGAAGGUGGGGGGAUUUGCUAGGCAUGCUCAUGUUCAAGUUUGACAACUUUGUAUCCACCUCUUGGAAAGGGUACAAUGACAAUGAUUUGCGGGCUUCUUGUAACACAUAUCCUGUCCUGUUGAGCAUGCUCAACGAAGUUUAGGAUGUUAGAAGGCAAGCCACAACGUCUAUUGAUGUAAUUUCUAUUUCUGUGUUAAUUAAAUGGUGUGCUAUACAUGUUGAGGCUGUUGGGUUGGUCUUAGAAUGCUAUAUCCUAUAACUACAUUUUUCUUAUCGUCAGAGGAUAUAUUUGAAGCUAGGUGGUUUGGGGCUAUAUACAUCUGCAAUGGUUGCUCUGGGCUCUGGUUUUAAUGUAUUUGGCUCCUGUUUAA